AAUUAGUCAAAUUAUAUGUUAGUGGGUAGUUUUUUUUUAUUAGUGGGCAUGAAUUAAAUUAGUGGGAUAGUGUAGUUAAGGGAUUAGUGGGAUGGUAGUUUAAUUAUUAUUUAUGAGUAUUAUAAAUAGGGUAAUUAGAAUGUCACGUGAUAUGAAGUAUUAUGAAGUUUAAGAAUCAAUUAAUCUCCUUCUGUCUUCUCUUAAUUCUCGUCUCUAAUUCUUCUUCUAAUUCUCCUCCUAAUUCAUAUCUCUCAAUUUCUUCCUAAUUCUUGAAACUAUGUUUUCUUGCUCAAAUUACCACGUAACAUAUUUGUGCGGUAUUUCUGCACUAUUUGUGCGGUAUUUCUGCACUAUUUGUGCAGUACGAUGAAAUUCGAUUUCGAUGUUUCUCAUUGUUCUUCUAUGUUAUGUUGACAGCUAUACAUUUCGAACUCGACUCUCCAAAAUACUCGAAAAUGAAGAGGACCGGUUUAAACUCAGAGCUCACUCAGACAAACGCUUCAUCCUCUAAUAACAAACGUCUCAAAACCGAACAUUCAUCAGAAAACAGCAGCCGAAUCGAGUCAUCUUCCACCUCGCUGAACCCAAAUAAUAAUAAUAAUCCACAAAAUUCCACCACAUGUGAAGAUCAAUCGAUCAAGACAUCCAAACAGAGCAUAGCAAGAUUCUUCUUCGAAAACGGGCUCGAUUUCGAGUCAAUAAAUUCCCCGAGCUUCCAUACCAUGAUGGGUCCCGCAAACUGCCAAAUCCCCACCCUCGAUGAGCUAAAAGGGCCGCUGUUUAAAGAUGCAUUAAAAGAAACUAACGAAUAUUUCAACGAGGCUAGAAAUUCGUGGGUGCACACCGGGUGCACUAUCUUGCUCGACGAAUGGAAGGGUCAAACUGGGAGGGAUUUGGUCAAUGUUUUAGUUGACUCGCCGAGAGGAACCGUCUAUCUCAGCUCGUACGAUAUUUCCGACUUUGUUGGCAAAAAUGACGAAAUGAAAAUAUUCUUCGAGAAAGUGUUGAACGAGGUAGGGAUCGACAAUGUGGUCCAGGUUAUUACGUCGUCGAGUUCGGUGUUUACCAAGGAAGUGGGGAAGGAGUUGUCGGAGAAAUACCGACAGAUAUUUUGGUCGGUGAGCGGUUCUUGCUGCAUGCAGCUCAUGCUGGAGAAGUUGAUCGAAAUGGACGUAAUCAAAGAAACCCUAGAGAAGGCGAAAACAAUUACGAGGUUUAUUUACGGAAACCCCGACACGCUGAAGCAUCUGAAGGAAAAAACGGAGGGCCGUGAUUUGUUUCAGCAGAGUUCGAAGAUCAAGUCGACGCAGCCUUUCUUGACCCUCGAAAACAUCGUCUUGGAGAAGAAAACAUUGACGAAAAUGUUUCUCUCUCCUCUUUUUCUGAUGAACGAGGGUUGGGAAAAGGUGGCUGAUUUAGUGGGCGACGAAUCUUUCUGGAAGGCGGCGUCGAACGUGCUCAAGGCGGCUAUUCCUCUCGUUCGUGUAAUAGAAUGGAUGAAGGGGUGCAAUAAUAAGGAGCAGAUGGGGUAUAUCUACGAGACGAUGGAUCAAGCGAAGGAGGCUAUAAAAGAAGGGUUCAAGAGGAACAAAGCGCAGUACACGAGGUUUUGGAAAGAGAUAGACGAGGUUUGGACGGGUGUACUGUACAGCCCGAUUCAUGCGGCGGGUUACUAUUUGAACCCGAAGCUUUUCUACUCUAGCGAUAUGUUUAUCGACCCGGAAGUUGCGACGGGUUUGCUCUGCUGUGUUGUGCGCACGACCCGGGAUCCGAGGGUUCAGGAUCGGGUCACUGUCCAGAUCGAGAUGUACCAGAAUGCCAAGGGCGCGUUUGGCUUGGGGUGGGCGGAGGAGCACAGAUCGAAUAUUUCUCCGGCAAAGUGGUGGUCGAAAUAUGGGGUCGAAUGUCCGGAUCUACAGAAGCUGGCGACUCGAAUACUGAGCCAAACGUGUGAGGGCGCAUCGAAAUUUCAGCUGAGGAGAAGUUCGGUGGAGAAGCUUCUCGACACGAGAAUAAGUCGAAGGGAAAAGAACACGCUAGCCGAUGCUGUUUUUGUCGAAUACAAUAUGCAGCUGCAGAAUUUCGGAUCUGGUAAGGUAGGGUGCACGGGAUCCGACGAAAUCGAACCGUUGGACGAUUGGAUAGCUGAUCAAGGACGAAACGACGGGGCAGCAUCCAAUACGACAGAUCAAGGUGCCCUAAACUCGGGAGGACAGUCGGAUUUUCAUCCCAAAGUGGAGCCUGCGUAAGCUUAUAUCAUGAUUUUGUAAAAUUUUAUAGAAUUUUAAACCUUUUUCUUGGACAUCGAUUUUGAUUAAGUUCUUCGGGAUUUAUUAGAUACUAUACAAAUGGUGGAUAAUGCAAUUUGAGUGGAUUGUUAUUUAGGGAGGGAAAUUGGAAACCGAACAUGUCGAUUUCGAUAUUUCCGAUUUUGGAACAAAUAUUUUUGUUCCGAAAUCCGGAAGUUUAUAUAUGUAUAAGUAACUAAUCAUAGGGCAAUCCUAGUGCAACUAUAGGGCAACCUAAAGGCAUUUUUGUAAUUAUUUUUGUUCAUUUUUCUAAUUAAUUUUUUUUUCUGUCUUA